AGCGGAGCCGGCGAGGCCGGGAAGACGCCGCCGCCGCCUCCUCCUUCUCUCCCCCUUCCCGCCCCGGCCGCGUCCGUCAACAUGGCGAGCGCCUCGUACCACAUCUCCAACCUGCUGGAGAAGAUGACAUCCAGCGACAAGGACUUCAGGUUUAUGGCUACUAAUGACUUGAUGACGGAACUGCAGAAAGAUUCUAUCAAGCUGGAUGAUGACAGUGAAAGAAAGGUGGUGAAGAUGAUUUUGAAAUUACUGGAAGAUAAGAAUGGUGAGGUGCAAAACUUGGCUGUCAAAUGCCUAGGACCUUUGGUGAGUAAAGUGAAGGAGUAUCAAGUGGAGACCAUUGUAGAUACCCUCUGUACAAACAUGCUCUCAGACAAAGAACAGUUACGUGACAUUUCAAGCAUUGGUCUUAAAACUGUGAUUGGAGAACUUCCCCCAGCUUCCAGUGGUUCUGCAUUAGCAGCUAAUGUUUGCAAAAAGAUCACAGGGCGUCUCACUAGUGCUAUAGCCAAGCAGGAAGAUGUAUCUGUUCAGCUGGAGGCACUGGAUAUCAUGGCUGAUAUGCUGAGCAGGCAAGGAGGACUGCUUGUUAACUUCCAUCCUUCAAUUCUGACCUGUCUGCUCCCCCAGCUGACCAGCCCAAGACUUGCUGUGAGGAAAAGAACCAUCAUUGCUCUUGGUCACCUGGUUAUGAGUUGUGGCAAUAUGGUUUUUGUUGACCUCAUUGAACAUCUGUUGACAGAGCUGUCUAAAAAUGAUUCCAUGUCAACAACUAGGACCUAUAUACAGUGUAUUGCUGCUAUCAGUAGGCAAGCAGGUCAUAGAAUAGGUGAAUAUCUUGAGAAAAUAAUUCCUUUGGUUGUAAAGUUUUGUAAUGUAGAUGAUGAUGAACUACGAGAGUAUUGCAUUCAAGCCUUUGAAUCUUUUGUUAGGAGGUGUCCUAAAGAAGUUUAUCCCCAUGUAUCUACUAUUAUAAACAUUUGUCUUAAAUAUCUUACGUAUGAUCCUAAUUACAAUUAUGAUGAUGAGGAUGAAGAUGAAAAUGCUAUGGAUGCUGAUGGUGGUGAUGAUGAUGAUCAAGGGAGCGAUGAUGAAUAUAGUGAUGAUGAUGACAUGAGCUGGAAAGUGAGGCGUGCAGCUGCUAAAUGUCUGGAUGCUGUGGUUAGCACACGACAUGAAAUGCUUCCAGAAUUCUACAAAACUGUAUCUCCUGCUUUAAUAGCCAGAUUCAAAGAACGUGAAGAGAAUGUUAAAGCAGAUGUUUUUCAUGCAUAUCUUUCUCUUUUAAAACAAACUCGACCUGUGCAAAGUUGGCUUUGUGAUCCUGAUGCAAUGGAACAAGGAGAGACACCUUUGACAAUGCUUCAGAGUCAGGUCCCCAACAUAGUUAAAGCCUUGCACAAACAGAUGAAGGAGAAAAGUGUGAAGACUCGUCAGUGUUGCUUUAACAUGCUGACUGAACUAGUAAAUGUGUUACCUGGAGCCCUAACACAACAUGUUCCUGUACUUGUACCAGGAAUAAUUUUUUCACUGAAUGACAAAUCAAGUUCAUCUAAUCUGAAGAUAGAUGCUUUGUCCUGUUUGUAUGUGAUCCUCUGCAAUCAUUCUCCCCAAGUCUUUCAUCCUCAUGUUCAAGCAUUGGUACCUCCGGUUGUAGCUUGCGUUGGAGACCCAUUUUACAAGAUAACAUCAGAGGCACUUUUGGUUACCCAACAACUUGUGAAGGUUAUUCGUCCAUUAGAUCAGCCUACUUCCUUUGAUGCUACUCCUUACAUCAAAGAUUUGUUUACUUGUACAAUCAAGAGAUUAAAGGCUGCUGACAUUGAUCAGGAGGUCAAAGAAAGGGCAAUAUCUUGCAUGGGUCAAAUAAUUUGUAGCCUUGGUGACAGCCUAGGCACAGACCUGCCUAGUACACUUCAGAUCUUUCUAGAGAGACUGAAGAAUGAGAUCACUCGGUUAACUACAGUGAAGGCCAUGACAUUAAUUGCUGGUUCUCCUUUGAAGAUAGAUUUGAGACCAGUUCUUGGGGAAGGAGUUCCUAUUCUUGCUUCUUUUUUGAGAAAGAACCAACGAGCUUUGAAACUGGGCACUCUUUCUGCUCUAGAUAUUUUAAUUAAGAAUUACAGUGACAGCUUGACGGCUGCCAUGAUUGAUGCUGUCCUGGAUGAGCUUCCACCUCUGAUUAGUGAAAGUGAUAUGCACGUAUCACAGAUGGCCAUCAGUUUUCUAACAACACUGGCUAAAGUAUAUCCUUCCUCCCUGUCAAAGAUUAGUGGCUCCAUUCUCAAUGAACUUAUUGGGCUGGUAAGAUCACCUCUACUUCAGGGUGGAGCACUUAGUGCCAUGCUAGAAUUUUUCCAAGCUUUGGUUGUGACUGGUACAAAUAAUUUAGGCUACAUGGAUUUACUGCGCAUGUUAACGGGUCCAGUGUACUCACAGAGUACAGCACUUACUCAUAAGCAGUCUUACUAUUCCAUUGCCAAAUGUGUUGCUGCCCUUACUCGAGCCUGCCCUAAGGAAGGACCAGCUGUUGUAGGUCAGUUCAUUCAAGAUGUUAAGAACUCAAGGUCCACAGAUUCCAUUCGUCUUUUGGCUUUGCUUUCUCUUGGGGAAGUUGGGCAUCACAUUGACUUAAGUGGACAAAUUGAGCUGAAGUCUGUAAUAUUAGAAGCAUUCUCUUCUCCUAGUGAAGAGGUAAAAUCGGCAGCAUCUUAUGCCUUAGGCAGCAUUAGUGUUGGCAAUCUUCCUGAGUAUCUGCCAUUUGUCCUACAAGAAAUAACUAGUCAACCUAAGAGGCAAUACCUUCUUCUUCAUUCCCUGAAAGAAAUAAUUAGCUCUGCAUCAGUGAUUGGUCUCAAACCAUAUGUUGAGAACAUCUGGGCCUUACUCCUGAAACACUGUGAAUGUGCAGAAGAGGGCACAAGGAAUGUUGUCGCUGAAUGCUUGGGCAAGCUUACAUUAAUAGACCCAGAGACUCUGCUUCCGCGACUCAAGGGAUACUUGGCAUCAGGGUCCUCAUACGCUCGAAGUUCGGUGGUUACUGCUGUUAAGUUCACUAUUUCUGAUCAUCCACAACCCAUAGACCCACUCUUGAAGAACUGCAUAGGUGAUUUUCUGAAAACAUUGGAGGACCCAGAUCUCAAUGUCAGGAGAGUAGCUCUAGUGACGUUUAACUCAGCUGCCCACAAUAAACCAUCUUUGAUAAGGGACCUCUUAGAUACUGUGCUUCCUCAUCUUUACAAUGAAACAAAAGUCAGAAAGGAACUAAUCAGAGAGGUGGAAAUGGGACCAUUUAAGCAUACAGUUGAUGAUGGCUUGGACAUAAGGAAAGCGGCUUUCGAGUGCAUGUAUACUCUAUUGGAUAGCUGUUUGGAUAGACUAGAUAUAUUUGAAUUCUUAAACCAUGUUGAAGAUGGCCUGAAGGAUCACUACGAUAUUAAGAUGCUAACCUUUUUAAUGUUGGUGAGACUGUCUACCCUUUGUCCAAGUGCGGUGCUGCAGAGAUUGGAUAGGCUCGUGGAACCUUUGCGUGCUACAUGUACAACUAAGGUAAAGGCAAACUCAGUGAAACAGGAGUUUGAAAAGCAAGAUGAACUAAAACGAUCUGCUAUGAGGGCUGUAGCAGCGCUUCUAACCAUUCCAGAAGCAGAGAAGAGUCCAUUAAUGAGUGAAUUUCAGUCACAGAUAAGCUCUAACCCUGAGUUGGCAGCCAUCUUUGAAAGUAUCCAAAAAGAUUCAUCAUCCACUAACUUGGAAUCAAUGGACACUAGUUAGAUGUUUGUCCAAAAUGGGGACCAUUAUGUUGAACCAUAUGAUGCACUGAAUUGACAGGUUAUGAGUAAGAAACAGAAAAAGCAUAUAAUUACACAUUGUUCUACUUUAUUUACCUUUAUGGAGACAGUUGGCUUUUCCCAUAAUUGCUUUUCUAGCAUUAUUCCAGAAAUGUAUUUCCAUAAUCCAGAAUUUGUUAACCACUCUGUUUUAGUGGAUUUGACCACAUUUGGGAAUUAAAAAGUUGACACGUGGUAUAUGGAAAUAGGUUCCAACAUCCAUUUGCCCUGUAAUGUUUAGGAUUAAAAUGUCAAAAUUUUGUGACCAUGAUUUUUUUUUCUUUUGUUCACUCUUUCUACUUGUAAACAAAAAAGGGGGGGAGGUGGGAAUCAAGUGUCCAGGUGCACCAUGUUUUUUGUAUAACUUUUUAUUCUUUUUUGUUUCAGCUUCAUAAAUUGAUUUGGCUGACAGAUGAAUUAUGUGUAAGAUUUAUUAUAUUAAAAAGAUGGUUUGGGCACAGUUCAAAAAAAUCAGAUGCUAAUGUCAUUUUUACAGAUGUGGGGAUUAGAAAACCAAUAUCCCUGUUGUGCACACUAAUUUUGCAUGAGCAAGUUUACAAAUAUAUAUUGUCUGUAAAACAGCAUGUGCAGUUUAUUCGUAAUGCAAGUUAAAAUAAGUUCUACUGUAUCAGUGCAGUUUUCAGGUAUUUUGACGUACAGGCCAUUCAUACUGGAAGGGAUGAAUUAAGGUUUGUUAUCUUAACCUGGCUUUUUUGAAUGCCAGUAGCAUGACCCUGCAGAUAUUCUUACAGUAAACAUGAUGAUUUCUGCAGUUUUCAUGGGUUUUCAUUCCCAAAGACUGGAUCCACUGGAAUUGAGGUGGACAAACUGUAAGAUUGGAGUGGAAUAGGAUGAGGUGGAGGUAAAAUGAGCAGAGAAAACAAUAGCUGCUCAGUGGCUCCUGAACUCUGGAUUCAACAUUGCUUUUGUUAUAAAAGUAUGAAGGAAGUUUCUUUAGUGGAUUCUAUCUCCUGUUCUUUAUCCAACAGCUUUUGUUAAGGCACUAGUAUAUGGUGCUACCUAGAUAAGUAUUGCCAGACCAUCAUUUAGUUCCUGUUGGAAUGUUUUCUGGCACAUGGGACCACCAGUGGGUUGCAGUGCUGCAAAUGUCAUACAGUAUUUAGGUGAGACAGGAAACAGGGAAUGGUCAAAAGACUGGAGAGAGAUAAAAAGCCAACAGAAGAAAAAGUUCUUCUGUGAAUAUGCUGAGGUAAUUUAGAAGCGGACCAGAAGUGGAUAGCUGGCAGUCCUGCAAUGAACUAGAGUUGGGAAUUCAAUAAUAAAAAAAGAGGGGAGCCACUGCCUCAAAUUGAGACUUACCAUUACUUGUUAAAUGCAACUACUUAGUUGUUUUGGUUUCUUUCCCUCUAAAUCAGAUCUGAAUUUGAUUUUUCUUAACUGGUAUUUUUUAGCUAGUUUGAUAUUUUGGAAACCUGUUAUGUGGGUAUGUGGCAUAAGCUGCUACAUGACUAAAUAAGCAUACAUUCUUAUGACCUCAGAGACAGUUUCCUGUGAGCGUUGGGGCUUGGGGGCAAAAUCUUCACCUUACAUGCUUGCAGCUUGGGAAAAGCAGAGGAGAUAUUGGUACAUUUUACCUUAAUAGAAGGACCUGAACAAAGAAGUCUGUGAACUCAUUGAAUAGUAACAAUUCUAAUGCUGUAGAAAUUUUUGAAAAUGUAGCUUUCUCUGUCUCCAAAGUCUUCAUACUAAUGUAACAAUUGUCUUCUAGAAGUAGUAAUAAAUGAGAUGAAACAUA